AUGAGUAAGUAGAUUACUUUUAUGUUGAAGGAGUAAUAAAUUAGUAAUUAUAAAAUUUAAUCUCUAUCUUUGAUCGUUUCAAAGCUUAAAAAGCUUCUUAAAGUUUAAUUAUCCUUUAAAGAUAAAUCAUUAUUUGUUGAUGAAUCAUAUAUAACUUGUGCCUAAAAGGGUUAGGUUCAGAAGACUGUUUGGCUGGCUGGUUAUUUAGUACUGUGUGGUUAAAAACAAAUCCUGAAUAAAUUCAAAUUAAUCGAUAGUUUAAUUCAAUAUGACACUAUUGAAAGCUCUUUCAAUAGCGAUGUUUAAAUAGCAGUAGAAAAUACUAGUUAACUUAUUAUCUAAAAUGGAAUUGUUUUGCUAGCUUCUUCCUUGGUUUCACUUAAUAGAAUAGAAAAAAAUAAAGAUAUAUAAGCAAAGUAAUAAUUGGCUAAGUUAUUGAUAUUUAUUUUAAGUUUAAAAGAGUUAAAUUGA